UCUGCUCCAGCUGCGCCCUACCCCCUCUCUUUUGUUAUGGGAACACCUGCUCGCCCUGAGGCCCGCCUUCGGGGUGGUGCCAUUUGGUCCCGCCCCCCGUACUUUCGACUUCCGCUCGGGGAACGGCUGCUUCCGGUCCGUGGCGCGUUGCCCGGCGAGAUGGCGGCUCAGCAGCCCCUGCGGGUGUUGGCCCUGGCCGGCUUCCGGCAGAGCGAGCGGGGCUUCCGCGAGAAGACUGGAGCGCUGAGGAAGGCGCUGCGGGGCCGCGCCGAGCUCGUGUGCCUCAGCGGCCCGCACCUGGUCUCGGGUGCCGUGGGCUCCGAGGGCGCUGGGCCGGACUCCGAGCCCUGCCUUCCGCCGGAGGAGCAGCCUCGAGGCUGGUGGUUUUCAGAACAGGAGGCAGACGUUUUCAACGCCCUGAGCCAGCCCACGGUAUGCAGAGGUCUGGAGGAAGCCUUGGGAACCGUGGCACAGGCACUGAAGAGACUGGGGCCUUUUGACGGGCUCCUUGGUUUCAGCCAGGGAGCUGCGUUAGCAGCCCUUGUGUGUGCCCUUGGCCAGGCAGGCGAUGCCCGCUUCCCCUUGCCAAAGUUUAUCAUCCUGGUAUCUGGUUUCUGCCCCCGAGGCCUUGGACCCGAGGAAUCCGUCCUGCAGGGCCCCUUGUCACUGCCGUCACUCCAUGUUUUUGGAGACAGCGUCAUCCCCUCUCAGGAAAGUAUGCAGCUGGCUAGCCGAUUCACUGGAGCCAUCACACUCACCCACCCUGGUGGUCACUUCAUUCCAGUAGCUGCAGCCCAGCGCCAGGCCUACCUCAAUUUCUUGGACCAGUUAACAGAGUGAGAAAUCAACAAAUGUCUCUGCCCCUAAUCCCUCACCCCCACAUGACCUUGGGGCAGCCUCUGUAAUCAGUCCUCUUUUCCCCCCACCCUGCGAGCUCAACCGCUGUUAGUGUUUAUCACCAUCACCAAUUAAGAGACAAGUAUCAGUAAUUAAGGCUCAAAUUAUAAGAAGCCCAGCUCUACACUCAAGAAAAAAAAGGGGGGGGAUUAGGAGGCCUUAGUGGACAUUGGCAUCUGAUACUCCAACAUGAAAAAGGCCGGUGGACCCCCGGAUGAGUGGAGGGUAAAAUGGGAAAAGCAAGGGCUGGCAGUGUGGCAGCCACAUAAUAAAGUGGUGAUUGUGAUUUUGAGCAUCCUUUUCCUCAUACAGAAAAACCCAUUUUGUAACAGAAGUCUGGAUUCCUGCCCAUCCACACAGCCUCCAGGGCAGCACCACACAGGGAAGUGUUUCUAGUUUUAAGCCCCCAGGGCAAGCUCAUGUCUGCACACAUUUGGUAGCAGUCUCAAGCCCCAAGCUGAAGGAAAGGAGGCCUUGGUGGCUGAGUGGGAAGAAUUUACCUCUGAGCAGUUUUGGGAUGAGAGCACCUGGCAAGCUUCUUGUCUGGCCUCCACUGAGUUAGGCUUCCUCUGUCCUGACUGUUGAGGGCUGUAUGCUGGCCUUCUGUCAAGCUCUUGGCUUCUUGAGUUCUCUGCUUUCUCCUCCAGAACUGCUUUAGUCCCUCUGAACUAUAAGUUUCAAGUGUGGGGUGGUGCUAGACCUUGGGUAGAGGCCCAGGACCACACAGAAGAAACCCUUUAGCAAAUUGCCCAGAAACAGAGUUUCUGGGGCUGAUGCUACUCUGUAGUGAUCCAUCCAAGGCCUAA